CAACUUGGUCUUUUCUGGAUGUGUGUGUAAAGAAGACCAUUUCACCCAGUAGACUACUGUCGAGAUUUAAUGACGAGGCAUUGUUUAAGAAUGAAGGGUGCUGCUGUAACUCUGCUGGUGUUGCUGGUCUGUCUGUCUGGGGUAUGGGCUCUGGGGGAUAGUGGAGGGAGGGUCAAAGGGAGUGAAAGUAUCAGCCCUGACAUCUGGACUGAGCUGAGAUCGCUGAGAAACAUGGUGGUGGAACAGACAGUGGUGCUGAGAAACAUGGAGGCCAAAUUGAGGGACAGUGAGAAACAGAUGGAGGAGAUGAAGAGAGACUUAUGUCAUCAUAGGACAUUGACGAAAACCAACUCAAACCAAAGCCUUGGAGACCAGAAUGACAACCAUGAGAGCCAGGUGUGGAAUCUGAAGACCGAGAAUGCAGGCAGACACAAGGUGGCAUUCUACACCUCUUUGUCUAACUCGGGAGCAAUGUAUUUCGGACCCUUCAACACUGAAACCACAUUGGUCUACAAAACCGUCAUCACAAACACUGGCACAGCCUACAACCAAACUACAGGUAUCUUCACAGCACCAGUGAAAGGAGUCUACUACUUCAGAUUCACUGCCAUGGACCGCCGGGGCUCUGCUUUACUGGGUGUAAACUUGUACAAAGGUGUCGAGAAUGUGAUGCACAAUGGCAUCUACAAUCUUCACAGUGGCAACAACGAGCCCAUUUCCAACGCGGUGGUUCUCGAAUUGUACGUGGGGGACGUGGUGUACAUGCGUCUCCCUGCGGGCUAUGGACUCUAUGAUGAUUCCAGUCACUACACCACAUUCAGUGGCUUCCUGCUCUUCCCUAUGUGAAGGGAGUGCCAUGAACGCUGUAUGAUUUAGACUACGGCCAUAACUGACAGCUUCUCUGUAUACUGUCAUAACUUGUAACUCUAUACUGUCUAAUGACUGGCUAAUCAAGACACUGUACUUUGUUUUAUUUCUUCAGCAAAAAACAAAGAUCAUAUGAUAAGCGCAUAUUAAGUUUCUAAACCUAAUAAUAAAAAAUGCAAUCAGCAAUAAUUAU